AUGGCGGAGGUGUUGCCGGGGGAUCCGUCACCACUGCGCCCGGCGGCGACCAUGCUGAGGACGCGCGCGGCGGCAACCACGCAGCGGAUGCUCCCGGAGGAAACCACGCAGCGGACGCUCCCGGCGACGGAGUCCGUGCUGCCCUCUUCGAAUGGGGAGCGCCCGGUGAAGGAGGCCAUGGGGAGUGCUGCUGACCGAGAAGUUCUCCGGUGCACGGCGGGGGGAGCUAUUUUUCGUGUGCGUCGAGGACAUGGCCAUCGUUCGGGUGACAUAAGCACGAGGAGGUUUGGUGAUAAUUUGCUAGCAGGUUAUACGAGAGAUUGGUGUUCUUCAUCGCAUGAUGCAGAUUUUAUGUUGUCUAGCAUGGAUAGCCUGUCACCAAGUGACAAAGAGAAUAUCUACCCAACUCGGAACAGCGGUCUGGAUGAAGCUUUGUUUCAGUUUAUCCGUAAAGAGGAGAAACUUUUUGAUCUAAGAGUUCCAUUUUCAACAUAUCAAUGAAGAGAUAGGGAGCACACCUGUGAACGAGGAUCAUCUCCAGGUUUGUCAUACAGUGGAUCUUCUUUGCUUUUCGUUUUGUUUGUGUCUUCCAUCUUAGAUCUUCUUUCGCCUCCCCUUUCUAUUCUCUUCUCUUUUUGAGAGAUCUCAACCCCUUCUCGAUUUGUUUUCUGUGCGAGGCAUGGAUCCGCUCGAGUUUGGUGUGGGUGGUUGGGGUGGUCGAAUGACUUGAGGUUGCUGGUUUCUUGAGGAAGAAGAAGAUCGGGGAAGGUGGGCUUUCUGUUCUGGGCUUUGUAAGGCAGCACUGAAUCAUUUUUCGUGGGCUCAUUUUCGUGGACUCAUUCUCAACUGAGUGCGUCAGGGGCUCAUUUCAGAAACUGAGUGCGUCAGGUGGUGGGAACUCAAAGGAAAACUGAGGACAGCUGGCUACAGUUCAUUGGGGGAAAAUAUGUCUGUCCACGAAUUGGAAAACAGACAGCUGCUUGUUAGU